AUGCCUUAUCCAUCCUUCAUCGUUGAUGCUUUUACCACAACAAGGUUCGCAGGAAAUCCAGCUGCGGUUUGCUUGAUUCCGGAGGCCCUGGACGAAAAAGAAUACCAAAAAAUUGCCGCCGAAUUCAACCUGUCCGAGACGGCCUUCCCCGUCCCUACUACCUCAAAAGACUACAAACUGUCUUCUACAUUCUCACUCCGCUGGUUCACCCCGACAACCGAAGUCCCACUCUGCGGUCACGCUACACUCGCCACCGCCCAUGUCUUGUUUAAUGAAAUCGGAAAUUCGAAUGACGAAAUUAAAUUUGAAACGAAAUCCGGGGUACUCACUGUGAAGAAUGGUGCGGAAGGAUUGUUAGAGAUGGACUUUCCAAGGUAUGAUCUCAACUCGAUCAGGUUCAACGAGUUGAUUAAUCCACUGGCGGACAAGUUUUCAGAGAUCGAUGCACCACCAUUUUUAUUCGAAGUCAUAAAGUGUUUGAUUCCUAACAAGAUUGUCAUUGAAUCUGUGAUCUAUGCUCCAAAAUAUGGCGGAGUCGUUGUGAUAAUCGAUCCCGACACUACCAAGUCGGAAUUCGAGGCCUUCAAAAUCGACGCCGCCAAGGCUCUGGUGCUCCAUGAUGGAAGUUUUGUAAGAGGUCUUGCUAUCUCUCUCCGGCCAUCUAACCCAGUGGCCCAGGGAUUCAUUGACUUGAAAAAUGAGCCGUAUGACUACGCGUGUCGUUAUUUCGGUCCAUGGGAUGGUGUCAUUGAGGACCCCGCAACAGGAUCCGCUCAAUGUGUGAUUGCACCGUUUUGGGAGAAAAUAACUGGAAAGGAAGAGUUGUAUGGGUUUCAGGCAUUCCCAGGACGUGGCGCCCAGUUCCGGUUGCUUCUAAAGGAGGACCGAGUUGUUUUGAAAGGGUCAGCUGUGUCGGUGUUAAGAGGAGAGAUUGUGCAUUGA